AUCGCUGUGGUCCUGAACCCGGACGACGCUCGCGGGCUAUGCCGAUGUCGAAGUCGCAGUCGCAAGCCGCCGGGGCCGUCGUCCAGCAAGCGAGACCGAGCGGAGCAGGUGAUUCACCAACGCCAGCGCUUUCCCCGGCUGAUCAGUCACGGUUAGGUGCGGACCAGGGCGCCUCUGGCACGAGUGGGCCUGAACCCCGUAUGUCGCUCGCUGGAAUGCCGAAGUCGAAGGCCAGCGUCCACUGGGAGGGAAAGGAAGGAGGAGAAGAGGAUGGGGAUUGAGGGAACGGUUCGGUCGUAUAUAUACCAUUGGCGGUGGUCGUAUAUAUACCAUUGGCGGUGGCUGUGUUGACU